AACAAUUGUGGUCAAAUUAUUUUAAUCAAUAUUUUGAUAAAAACAAAACAUAUUUAAAGCAAUUUUUAACACAAAAUAAAUUUAGUUUUAAAACUAAUCUCUUUUCACACUAAUCUUUCCCCACAAUACAAUUCAAAUAAUGUCGGCUGAUCUACAACCAAAAUACAUUUCUGCCAAAGAAGUGGAAAAACUGCUAACCUGGCCGCUAGUAAAUGCAGCCGUAGAGGAGGCUCUAAAAGCCACCGGACAAACAGAAAUAGAUCCAGCAAAUCUACAACAUUCCUAUGCUGUACAACCGGCCCGUUCCAGUACUCCCUGUGGUGAUCGCACUAAGCUAUUAAUGUGUAUGCCCGGAUUUGUAGGCAACUACCAACUAGGUGACCCCGCCGGCAAAAAGAAAAACACCAUAGCCUGCAAAUUGGUUACAUCAUUCGCCUCCAAUCAACUGCGCAAACCACCAGUACCCAAUAUCUUGGCCAAUAUUUUACUUUUCAACACUGAAACUGGACAAUUGCAAUGUAUAAUGGAUGGCACUCAAAUUACCGCUUGGCGUACGGCAGCCGCUUCUAUAGUGGCUACCAAAUAUUUAUAUUUCAAACGUUUUCCUGAAGGUGUUAAUAAAGCCAUUAAAUUGGCCAUCAUAGGCUGUGGUGUACAGGGACAAUCUCAUGCCUUGGGAAUGUGUAAGACAUUUAAUGUUAUUGAUGUUUAUCUUUACAAUCGUACAAAAGCAAAGGCCGAUCAAUUAGCCGAUAAAUUAAAGGCGGAAUGUGUCAUCCGGGUUCAUGUUUGCGAUUCAGCCGAAAAGGCUGUACAGGAUGCCGACGUGGUAUGUGUGGGUACUUAUUCGCCUACAGCAUUAAUCAAUUAUGAAAUGCUUAAGGGCAGUGAUGUUCAUAUAAAUACUGUCGGCGCUGGCCAGGUUCAUUUUGGUGAAGUAGCUCAGGAUAUUUAUGACCAGAGUGUGGUAUAUGUUGAUUCUAUGGUUAGUGCUAAAGUGGAGUUGAAAGAUUUAAAGGCUCGCAUUAUAGGCGAAGUUGGUGAGGUUAUACGCAAUGGCAAGAGAACGGAAAAUGAACGUAUAACUAUCUAUCAGUCGAUGGGCAUUGCUGCUGAAGAUGCCACUGUUGCUCAAGCUAUUUACGAUGCUACAAUUAAGGAUAAUAGUUGUCAAUGAAAUACAAUUUUCUUAUAAAAACACUAAAAUUGUAGUAAAUAUUUUCAUUCAAUAAACAGAUCAAAUAAGACGGA